CGUAAAUACCAGAGACGUAGCGCUAAUCUAUUAUAAACACGUGUCAACCUUCGCAGAGUGCCGAUAAAAUUUGGCUAAUUAAUGUCAAUUACUCAGGACUUGCGGUUCGCUCUUUCCGCUUCCAAACGGAUAUUAUUAUCAAUUCAAAGCUGUGGUGGGGGACACGAGGAUAUAAGACGAGUGACGACGAUUAAUCUCACACGUAACACGCGCCGUUUCCGAAGAAUUGAAAAUACGAAGUCAUGACGCGAGCUGUCGAGAUAAUCGGUCUUCUCGUGAUUGUGGGGAUCGUGGGGGCCCAGAAUCCGAAAUUCUACGCGCAGAAACCGGGUUCUUGUCCACCGGAACAGCCCGUUAAUAUUUGCGGUAGGUCUUGCUAUUCUGAUGCUCACUGCGAGAAAGAGGGGAAAUGUUGUCCCACCACUUGUGGCGGAAGUAUCUGCACUGCUCCCGUUACUCAAGGACCCCCUCCAAUCGUGAAAUCAGGAUCAUGUCCUGCAAAUCCGACGGGUCGUUGGAUCUGCACGCCGACCUGCACGACCGACAGCGACUGCCGAGGUGCGAAAAAGUGCUGCAGGAACAGAUGCGGAGUCCUCGCAUGCCAAAAGCCGGACGUCGAGAUUGUGGAAGCCGUUGACGUGCCCAAUCAACCUGAGCCGAAUAAUAGCCCCGCUGACGACAACUCCGUCAAUGUGAACCCCAACAACCCAUUCUUGUUCAGCAAUAACUAAUUUUAUCUGACGUGUGAUUCAGGGCUCAACAGCAUUUCUAAAAAUACUCAUGCGAUUGCCAUUCACUCAUAUUUUGUACUUUAAUUUUUGUGUUAGUGUUUUUUUAUGUGUGGAAUAAAUGAAAGUUUCGCCGCCAUUCGGUUCCUUACUAAUGCCGUUCUCCAUUUUGAAAUCGUUAAUAAUUAGAUUUCGGAAUUGAAUUGAGAAUUAUAGUUUGGAACAUUUUUUUAAGAUUGUUUUUGAAUAAAUUAAUCAUGAAAAAAUA